GAGCAGACGACACUGGCGAAACGCGCCAGUUUCGCUUGCAUAUUCCUCGCGGAAACGGGAAGAGGCACGGGGAAACGCUUACGCGAAUCCCGGCUAAAUCAGCAGGCGAUUCGAGUGCCCUCUAGAUCGGCCCGUAACACGGAGGUUCCUAGCUGCGAAUUGAUCGAACGUAUCAACUUUGGUCUGGCGUUGGACUCGUUUAAAAACGCGCGGGAUAUUGUCACGGGAACUAUUGCUCCAGUGGGCAUUGUUUGAAGCGAGUCAAAAGGAACGGGUUAGAGAGAGUCCUUGGUCCGGAACAAAGGCGGUAAAAUAAUAAAGGAAGGAAGAUAAGAGGGAACGAGUUUGGGAAGAAAAGAGCAAAGAGAAAAUUUGUAAAGACCUAAAAGAACGAAGAUCGUCGGCUGAACUAAUCAGGAGUUAGGAUACGAUUAGCAAGAUUGAUAAAAAAUUGCAAAGUGAAGAAACUACUAGUGUGUGUUUACACGCUGGCCAAAAGAGACGUGCCUGAACGUAGAGCAAUGAAAUAGCGAGGGAAAACGAAAAGCGUAAAAACAAAGGAGAACAACCCGGGAGAAAAAACGGAUAAACGCGUGCGAGGCUAAUGUUCAAAAAACUGCUGACCCGGCAGUAAAGCAAAGCACGAAAAAGACGAAGCGGCGAAGAAGAAAGCGAAGCAAAAGACCGACAGCAAAGAAAGAGAGGAGUAGAGAUUAGAGAAAAACAGAAGUGAAGAGAAACAGAAAAAAAAGAAAGAAAGAAAAAGAGAAAAUAUUGUGCGAGACGUUUGAAACCUGCACGAUAGCGUACAGGGGUAUAAGGCAACGUGGCGAGCAGGACUGCACUGACAAGAGAGAACGUACAGAAUACAGCAGAGCAGAGCUGAACAGAACCGACGCGACGAGAGAAAAGCAUGGUAUGGACGGAGUGCGAGAACGUGAAGCAGUGGAGCGAGAGCGGACGAGAGACGGCAGCAGCUGAAAAGAAACAAGAGAGAGAACUGGAAGUAUAGGCAGCAGUGAAGAUCAGAGUGAGUAGAGUCGGUGUGGAGAGAGAGAGCCAUUCAUCUUGGCGCGCCUAGGCGGCGCGCUAUUGGUCCACCUCAGAUAAGGGAGCGGCGCGAUUGGUCGGCUCUGUUUACCAGCUGGUACCCCAGCGCGCUCGAGAAUCGCAGAAGAGAGGGGGGAACAGAACGGAGAGACAAGCGGCGCCAUUAUUGUAAGGGGUUACAUUUAGCUGGCCGUGGGUUGUAGUACGCGGCGUUCGGGAUAGGGGGCUAUAGUACCUUCAUGCAUGGCCCAUAAAGGAUUCGUCGACUAUCCGAGAAGUACGCAAGAAACGGCUUCUAACACCUGACAGGGGCCACGCUCUUCUCUUCUCUUCUCUCUCCUUGUGCCGUCGCCUCGUUCGCCGUCGCAGCCCAAUUUCCUCGCUGGGACCGCUGUGUUGGAUCAGCUGGGUGGGCCCGACCAACGAAAGACCCGCUGCUUUAUUGUCGCUGGUCGUCCCGAUGUGGAAGGAAUCGUAAUUACCAUAAAGGAAUCGUAACGUCGGGCCGAAAACCAUACCUGUUCGUUGGAUACUUAUCCCCGGUGUGAUCGACAACACGAUGAUCUGACGUGUCUACCACCGAAGAGAAACCGAAUGAUUUGAAGUCGUUCCGGUGUGUUUACCCGUUUGCCGUCGCGAACUCUUCGGUAACCGCGAUCUUCCGUCUAUAUUAAACGGAGCAUCCAUCCUCGACCGUUCGCGUCCGUUAUCGUUUCUGUGAUAAUGUGUAAAGUUGCGUAAGUGACGAUCAAAGUGGGGAUCAAAGGUAACGGAUAAAGAAGGGAAGGUAGAAAGACAGCCGGAGGAGGAGAGAAGAAGGAGAACGCAAAAGUGAAAGAAAACGGGAAUACUUGAGGACGUAACGAGAAAAGGAAGAAGUUCAAUCAAAUUGAUGGAACAAUAAAUCGAGUGCGUGUAGUUGGGUGUGACGAAAAAAAAGAUCGCCGUGUAUCAGACGGGGGAUCGAGGCAUAUAUUUUUGUGAUAAGAGAUAAAGAAAAAACGGUGUGAUUACUGCGGAAACAAAGUGCGCAAACGAUGAAGCAGCAGCUGCUGGCCGAUUCGCCGGCACGGUGUCGGUGUUGAGACACUGGACCCGGGUCUCCGUGUCCGGGCGUGUCUUCGGCAUCGAGUCCGAAAUCGGCACGGGCGGCAGUCGAUAUGAGUUCGAAAUUCAUAAUCGAUAGUAUGCUACCUAAGUACCACCAACAGUUUCAUCAUCAACAGUUGUUCUCGAGCGCGAAUCCCGGCACGAUUCAGGCGUGCACGACAAGUCCGGCCACCGCCAGUCUAGAGUCCAGUUUAUCCGCGGCUGCAGUCGCGGCCGCGGCAGUGAAUUACGCGCAACAGCACAAUUCGCCAAGCCCGACGGGUUCGAGUCCGCAACAUUCAGGAAGUUCGGCAUCCACCUCACCGGCGGCACGCACCACAUCGAGCAUGUAUCCUUACGUAUCCGCGGCAGCGGCGCAUCAUCAUCAUCAGCAACAGCAAGCGGUCGCGGCCGCAGCCUUUGGUGCCACGUCUAGCAUGGUACCAGGCUUUGGUUCGACCGCGGCUUCGAGUGCCGCGUUGGCCGCGGCCGCGGCUGUAGACGCCGCAACCGCAGGCGACAAAUCUUGUCGUUACACCGCCAGUCUCACUGGAAAUGUUGCACCCACGUCCGCGGACCCUAUGGUCAAUUACACUCUCGGUCAUCAUCAUCAGAACGGCGCUACACCUGGUAGCUUGGUCUCCUCCGCGUCCGCCUCGUCAGCCGUAUCGGCUGCGUCCGCGUCCAUGGCCGCCGCAGCACAGUUCUAUCAUCAGGCUGCUGCAGCAUCGGCCGUUGUUGAUCCUUUGACGUCCUGCCAACAACCCACCACCGGGCAACCCGGCAUUUCGGACAUACCACGAUAUCCAUGGAUGUCUAUUACCGAUUGGAUGAGCCCGUUCGACAGAGUCGUGUGCGGCAAAUCUGCGUUUCUGACGUUUCCAGGACCGAACGGCUGUCCAAGGCGUAGGGGUCGGCAAACGUACACCCGGUUCCAGACGCUGGAGCUGGAGAAGGAGUUCCACUUCAACCAUUACCUGACGCGACGGCGACGAAUAGAGAUCGCCCACGCCCUUUGUUUAACGGAACGACAGAUCAAGAUCUGGUUCCAGAAUCGACGGAUGAAGUUGAAGAAGGAAUUGAGGGCGGUGAAGGAGAUCAACGAACAGGCCAGGCGAGAACGGGAGGAACAGGAUAUGAUGAAAAAACAGCAAGCGGAGAAACAAGCGAAGAUGCAACAAGAACAACAGAACGCAGCGUUGCAGCAUCAGCAGCAACAUCAUGUGAGCGGUUUGGACAAGACUCAGAGUGAUCUCCUAAAAGCGGUCAGUAAGGUGCCCACAUAGGAGAAUCCACCCGAUCGAUUGUCUUUCUUUUGAAUAAGAAACAGAGAGACUGGAAUGGCAACCAAGACACGCAGACAUCGAACCGAGGUAGAUUGCUAAAGGUCGACCUUAAAGAAAAAGGAAAUACAGAGCGCACGCUCCUCCUUCCCUCUUCUCGAGCGUAAUGGACGAAGAUCCACGGGGACGUUUGGAGUGCUGGUCUUCCUACGUUUCGAGAAAGGAUGGGUGUUCGCGUUGAAGACCUUGUGAUCGUUCUUCUUCUUCCUUUUUAUCCCUAUCGAGAUCGUAGAAGAAGAGAACUCCUUUCGACGCAACGUCGAAGCCAAGGAGAAAAAUAGGCUAGCGACGAUGUUCGUUGUCGUGUCUGUCUCUUUUGCUUCUUUGUUUAUUUUUCUUUUUUUUUAUACGGAAGAAAGAAACGAAAGGGAAAAUGGAAGAUAAAACACACCCGCACAUACACGUAAACAUACAAGUAGAGGUUUUUAGAAAGCGUGUAAGAAGCACACCCUCAAACUACGUACUUAUUUUGGCUGGGCCAAAGGAUGGACCUAGCCUGUGACUGAUUCCUAGAACGUAUAAAUGUAUAUUGUUAAUCGGCCGAUGAAACAGUGGGACGACGAGUUGGCGCGAUGAAACUGCCAUACGCAAGAUGGAAGCCAAUGAUGAUCGCGCGCGUCGGGAUACCGACUCACUAGAAUUAGUUAAUAAAACGAGCACAGAGAAGACGAGGUGAUUAAAGGGUCGGGUGUCAGGCCUUUUGUCAUAGGAUAGAGCUAACGACACUGGCGACGAGACGAUCAAUUAAUACCCGACGGAGAAGAGAACGCGGUGGAGUAAUUAAGCGAUGGUUGGAGAAGAAUUCGACUUAAUUGCGUUGGAACAAUCGAGGAGGGAUAAAUGUGGCCACCAGCAGGGGGAACUGGGACGAUCGCGGGGAUGAUCUUUCAAAUUUCGCUGCCAUUACCCAAAUCGAUUCCAUCACCGUCGUUAAUAGUGAUGGGUAUAUUUGAUCUUAGAAAUUUUUAUGCAAUAUCAUUGUUGAGUUUUAUAUCAUUUUAAAAUUCAAAACUCAGUAUUCGAAGAGAAAGAAAUUUUUGAAGGUUUGGAAACUUCAUUUAGAUAAUGUUGGAUUGUUACGUUAUUUGAUAAUUAUUCAAAAUAUUAUUUUAUACUUGUUUGGGCACUGAUAUAAUCAGUACCCAAAAAUUCAUCAUUCCAAUUAGCAAUUCAAAGUGGAUAAUAGCCCAUCACUAAUCACCAUCCUACCAGCUUGAAAUCCUAUCAGGAAUUAUUAUCUCAAAAAAAACAGUUCAAUCAGAUCUGACAAAGCAUAAGAAUCAUCAAGUUCAAGGUUCAAUUGCUGUUCCGUAGAACAAAUUGACAACGCGAAGUGAUUAGUCUCGCGUGACCGGCUGUAAGGAUUUCUGUACGCUCUUAUUGAAACAACGAACGAUUGCAGACUCCUUCGAAUACCUUGGAUACCUUCUUCCAAUCAUACAAGUAAAGCUACGUGUAUGCAUAAGUACGUCCAGGCUGAUUCGUGCCGACUUCUUUAACUCGAAAGGAAUUUAGCGGUACAAACCUAUGCCAUUUACCGAGCUUUUCCCAAGUUAAUUAACCGCGGUUCACAUGCUUCGCGUUGCAAUUAGUCGAUAAUAUUUUUCAACGUUUUGACGUACGCUUUGAGAUUUUCUUCGUUGAUACUAAAAAAUCAUCUGACCGUUCUAAUCAAGCCCAUUACGGAAAUUAUUUUCUUUUAUUUGUUUCACUGACCUGGAUCGGCCAUGUUCGCUCGCAAAAGGUUUGAAAAUCGACGGUGAAACAGCUGGCAGCUUCGAUUGGCAUCAUCGAAACCAAGGAAAUUCCUUCUUUUAAAACGAAGUACUCGUUCAGCGGAACGUUGAAGGUUUAUUUUUUUACAAAUCAUCUUGGUGACGGUUGAUAGACCAUGAAGAGUAACCAAUGAGUCGUCGAUCAUCUUGCUGGAAAAGAUUGGUCGGAAGAGAUUCUUAAGGGGAUAUUUUCAUCUGGAUGAAAAUUAUAAAAAUUCCUUGCUUGAUUAAUCUUUAAUUCGAAAAGUCUCCUAAAAAUGACUCCUCCAAAUGGAGAUACCCUUCAGAAAGGAAGCUUCUUCUCCGUGUAUUUUUUGGAUGUCUCAAUGGUUUCAACCAUUUUGAACGCGAAAGAAAAGCAGGUAGAAAAAAGAAUAUUAUUACACAGUGAUUUGUGUAAAUGUGAUGAAAAAUUCAAAUGCAGGGGUGGUCGGUUCGGGAAUGCUGACUCGUCGACGAGCGUCUUACAUUCAUUUAUCAGUUCAGUUUAGAUCUCAGAGGAUAUCGCUAAGGCUUUUACUAAUACAGGAUAAACACGUAUAUAAAAACCAGUACGUAUUCCAUAUUAUCUAAGAUAAUUUAUCGUAACAGUGUAGAAAAUGUUUUUUCUAGAUGUAUAGGGUGUUCCAGAUGUGUACGACACGUUAGGAAACACCUUGUACGUUUGUUUCCCUCCAAUUUUUUGUUUCUUUCUCCUCGGAAUAACGUUAUUCAUCCCGUUAAUUUUACGUAGUGUUAACCGCGAUCGUAUCGACGAGUUCGCGUCGAAUCGUAUUCGAUACUCUCUUCCUCUAUUUUCUUUUUAUUUCUUCUCGAUCAUUUUCCUUUUGCCACGCUUUCGCCACGGGACAGAGCAACGUCUCCGCGAACGACGAGAAGGGAAAAAAGGGGCGAAAACGUGACCGUCAAGCAAAGACACAUCACCGGACGAGUAAUCCUCACUCUUAGUGCACAUUAAAUACGUAAUUUGGUGUCAGGGUAGACCUUUUUCCAUAGAUAUAUUAGAGGCAGUCGUUGAUAAUUACUUGCGUAGAAUUCGUAAUGAAAACAAGGACUUAGAAUGGGAAAACCAUGAAAUAAAAGAGACCCAGAUAACUCUUUGGAUCAUAGAAAUUAUCGCCUGGAUUAUAUUUUUUUUCUUCUCCCCCCCCCAGUGUUCACGCGAUUCGUACAAAGAAUUCCAAUACUUUCGAGAGAAACCUCGAUUCCAAAUGUUAACCGGUGUCUUUUUUUAUAAUUAUCGUUUAUAAAUAUAUAUUCGACGUGUUGGUGUUUUCGAUCUUCCAUAAGUUCUUGUUCAUGGAGAAUGAUCGAUCAAACAAUGUUCCUGUUGAGUAUUUCUAUAUUUUUUUUUCCAGUGUUUUUCGUUACUUGUGGUUUUCUGUUUUUUUCUGUUUUUUCUUUUUUUUUUGUAGCGUGAAUAAUAGUUAAGUUUCGACAAGAAUUUAUAAUUUUAAAGGGCGUAUAAGGGAGAAAGGAUUGCAAAAACGUAUAUACGUAACUCGAACCAAGAGAGAGCAAAUAUAUAUAGAUAUAUAUAUAUAUACAUAUAAUGUAUUCAUCACGAAAGGGGGGAAAUCUAUUGUACGAAUCGUCCAGUGAUCUAUCUAUUUACGAUGUAAAAUCAUAGUGUACACAAUAAUACCGUAUUAUAUGUAUUAUUAAAAGUAACGAGUAUAUUAUAGAUAUAUAUGUCAAAUAUAUAUGUAUAUGAGAACAAACGAGGAAGAAAAUCUGUUUUACCGUGCUCUAAAGACAAAAAAAAAAGAAAAAAAGAUUUUGAUAGUAGCUUGAUAAGAACUAAAAAUACGUACUGAUGCAAAGAAAACGAGACACAAUUAAUAGAAAAUUAGAGAAAAAAAGAAUCGAUGAAAAUCCCCACAAAAAAAGAAGAUAGGUACAUAAGACAUUUUGUUAAAUAUUGAAGGAAAUGAAAAAAUUUGUAGACCCUGUUAGAGAAGAAAGAAACAAAUAGACGUCCGUAAUCAAGGCGAGAUAGCUUUCGUUUUAGAAGAAAAAGAAUCUAAACAUGAGAAAAAAGGAUUAAACCGUAUUUGUAUUAAAUACUGUACCGCUAAUCAUCUAAACUAAAGUACUAUUAUUACUAUAAUUAUCCCCGUACGUAAACGAUUAAGCAUGAGAAUCUACGCACGAGAUGUACUCACGUAAAUAUCCUCCCAAUACACAGACACCCUCUUCCCUACAAUUUACCCUUCCUUCACCCUUUUCUAUCCCAAGUAGCGAAUGUACCUACUUGCCAUAAUCGUGACGAAUAAUUUAAAGUAAAAUGGUCAGUGAUCUGGGUAUGUACAAGCACCUAUAACGAAUCAUCGUUUUCUUUUGCUAAGACACCUUCAUAGUUUUUCAGUGUACAGUCGCGUGCAAAGAUAACUUUUUACAUUAUGAGAAGCGUAGUGGAGAGCGACCUCCCACCAUUUGACUGACUCUUUCGUGCUCCACUUCGGCACAGUUCGACUUACGUCGACAGUGUGGCUACGGCUUCUACCUUACGAACCAGGAGCGAGUUAACCCAGUAGUGGGAGGCAAUUGUAAAGAAGACAAAUAUACACUUUAACAUUUUCAUUUACAUUUAUGUUAUAGGUGAUUGUACGUACUCUUAGGUACAAGAAAGUGAUACGGUUUGAGCAGCGAUAUUUUCAAGGAACCAGAUACUCGGAAGAAUAUAUAGUUGCUAUCGAAGGGAGUCUUAAUUAAUAUUGACAUUUUAUGAAGGUAUGUUUCAUGUGCCCCUAUAAGUGAUGAAUUUUGUUCGAAUCACCCAUAUACAGAAUGAUCCAAGUAAAAUAGAUCAUAAGUGCCAUUUUGUGUCUAUUUGAUUUAAGUUCACCCACAGUUUGGGAAAAUACAUAAUUAGGUAGCCUGUUUUACAUGGCCUACCCUACAUAUCAAUAAUCAUGACAGAGUUGUCACGUGAAAAUAUAUGUUGAAGAAUAGAAUUCAUAGAUCGUUCUUGUUUGUUUGCUUGUUAAAUUUUUAAUUUGUUUGUUACAUUAUCGCCACCAACGAUCUUUAUGUUUGCCUUUGAUGGCUAAUUCAAAUAUAUCGUACUUGUUUCCAUGUGAUACAUCUCAAUUAAGUUUCAUUUUGUUAAAAACACAUCAGUUAUGAUAUAUAUUGAUUUGUGAAUGGUUUAGACGACUUCCAACGAAGCAAUUAUGUCUUCUUCGGAGAAUUGCGCGGGAAAUCCAUACGCGUAGAUGGCGCUGAAGUAGAAAUGACGCGGUUACAAAAGAAAUCUAUAAUUAAAGUCGAUACACGGUUGUAUAAUCGAUAAAAUAUUCCGAUCCAGCCACGUGAGAUCUCGGUUACGGAAUUUAACGAUCAUUGGGAGAUAAACUUUUCGUGGUUCCGGUUCGAGGAUGCUUCCGUUGUUCUGUCGAUGCUGCGAACGAAAGGAAAGAUCGCUGAAUCUUCUUCGGCUCAAUGUAUACGUAAAAAUAAACGAAAAGAAAAGGGGAACGAAGAGAUUUAACGGGAACGGGAGAGAGAAAGAGAAAAAAAUCCUUUUCUUCUUUUAACACACAUGACGCGAUUGAAUCCCGAAAAUCGGUAUAACUAUAUUUGUAGAAAAGCUUUACACGUGACUCUAUUUACGAAUUAUUAUUCUGAUUGUUACUAUCAUCAUCAUGAUCAUCGUGGACAUUAUUUUUCUUACUUUUAUCUUAUAACCUAGUGGUUAAUUUUUCAACCAAGUUAACCCUUUGCCUUACAAAACUAAGUAAUUAUUUUUUCAAAUUGCAGUUAGAAUUAAUAUAAGCACUUAAUACAAAUUUAAUUUAAUUUUUCCAAACUAAUUGCAAUAAAAACCACAAGUUCGACAGGAUAUCAUAAGGCAGAGGGUUGAUAGUUUUUUUGCGUACGAUGGUCUAUUCAUGACCCAUGAAGUGACGCGGCCAGUCUAGAUAAAGGGCUGGCGGAAGUGGCGGCGCCGAUACGUCCGACAAAUUAGGGAUAUACGUAAUGCGUAAUAAUAACAAUAAUAAUAAUUAUCAUUAUUAAUUAGCCGAAGAGUUUGUACAGUAAUUGCAACGGUGAGAUUCGUAGCGGCCGUGUUAUAUAUACGUACGUAUGCAUUAAGGUCUUUUUAAUCGUUUAGCGACUGCGGUUAUGAAAUAGAAAAAAAGAAGUAGCUGAGUGUGACACGAAUUUUCACGCGAGAUUUUUUCUCUUAUUCGAGAAAACUACGGUUUGUUGAUGCAACGAACGAACGAUUUGGGAAUCGAGACAUUCUCUUUCUUUUACUUCUUUCCUCGAUCGAUUUCGCACCAUGUUUCAAUUUAGUUCACGUUUCCUUUUGAGGCGUUUAUUGUUCUCUUUUGAUCGUUGUUUCUCCCGUUUUUGUUGACGAACAGUCGGUACGAAGAUCGUUUAUUACCUGUUAACAAUUGUUUCUGUUACUUUGUCGGUCGUUUCGAGAUAAUUUGGAUCAUUUUUUUUUGUUCAACCCUUGAAUGGCAGAUCACUGGGAUAGUAAAUUUAAUUUCAGACUCAAUUCAUUUUUAUUUUCUGUACUUUAAAUUAUUUUUCAAAUACAUGAAAGUCUUUUGUUAAAAAGUUUGACGAAAAAUUCCUGUACAAAUUUCGUGGGUCACGAUUGACCAGGUAUUGGCCGUUCGACGGUUGACCACAGGGUUGCCCUGAAGAUCAUGGACGAUCCUAAUUUAACGCUUUAUCAACUGUGGUUGUUUUGACUGAAAAUUGUUAUUUAUUAAAUUUUGCCAAUCUGGUACUAAAUAAAUUUUAUUAAAUAUUGGAACUCCAAUUAUAAUACAUUUAUAACAAGCGUACUGAUCUUCAGUAGAUAGGGUGUUACGUCUCUUAAAAAAUCUCCACGUUUCUCUGUUAUUCUCUAUUUGUUACAAAAAUGAGCUGUUGAUUUACCACGGUGCUCGAUCAUGUUCCCAAACCAUUCGAUCCGAUUGAAGUUGAUCGCGUGAAACGAGAAUCUUUAGAGAGUAAAAAAGAAAACUGUGCGGGCGCCGUCCACAAUACGAAGCUUUCCUCUCUCGGCUUAAGCUACCUAUAUGGCAUCUAAACAUCGUUAUAUAGAAUAUUAUUCCAAAUAACUGACGCGUAAUCAUAUCAUAUAAACGUUCGUAAACGCUUCCUCGUGCUCUCUUCGCACCUUUUUACCAACCCUCGACAAAAAGAAAUCCACCAUCCCCCUCCAUCCCUUAUCCUCCCAUCAUGUUCCAUGUCCCUACUCUAGAAAUCCAAUCGAUUUAACUCGCUCUAUUCUUACCAUUAUUAUUAUAGAUGUAUUAUAUUGAACUUUAAACUAUAUCGAACUAGGUCUCUAUACAUACGCAUAUACAUACAUACAUACAUAUUAUAUAUAACGUAUAGUUUAUUAUAUCGAGAAGAAGAAAACACGAGAAAAAAAAAGAAGGAAACACAACAAGAUUAACGAAGAAAGAACGCGAGGCGACAAGCAUCGCUAAGUAGUACAACUUUAUUGCCUGACUUGCCAAACUCGCGUAAUAAAACAAAAAACAAACCACGAUGGUGGGUUUUACAUCGUCGUUUCUGAAUCGAAUCGAUGAUGAAAAAAAAAAUCGAGAGUGUUAACGCGAUUAGUCUUGAGGGAGAAUAAAGAGUCGUUGAAAAGGGGAUGAAACUUAGCGCCCUCGAGCGCAACACACUUCUCUUUAUCCGAAUUAAGGAAAUUACAAUUACGUAAAAAAAAAACCACAUGAAGACACUUGUAGAGUGUGGCUCAGAGCGUUUUUGGUAUGAAUGAGAUAAAAUGAUAUGAAUGAUAAUUCAAGAAAACGAGUGCGAGUGAUACGAGAAAGAAUAAAAGAGGAUAUUUGCGUGAAUCGCGCCGUACUACGUACAUGUACGAAAAUUUAACCGAGAAUACUAAAAAAAGGUAGAAUUUAUUCUUGAAUAAGUACGUACUGAUUGGUGAAACAAGAAAAAAAACAGCCGAAUCCGUCUGGCGGAACGCAGGAUCGAGUUGCGAAAAAGGAAAAAAAAUCACGAUGAAACAAUUUGUUAUAUUUUCUUUUUUCUUUUUUUUUUAACCUGUAUAAUAUCUGAUUGUUUAUUUAUGAACUGUUUAUUAUGCGUACUCUUUCGUAUAUUUGUUUUUUGUUAAAUGCGAAAUGAAAGAGAGAGAGAGAGAGAGAGAUAUAUAGGUACUGAAGAGUUCAUCGUCUUCUUUUUGUUUUUGCUAUUAAAAUCAAGCGUGCUGUUUAUGUACCACCUAGAGAGUAUAUUUUUGAGAAAUCGGUGUUUUCGUUCUGUACCACGUAACCAAAGGACGAUUUUAACCAUCAUCUGUCUUUCGUGCCAUAGAAACGCGUGAUCGUGGUAUGAAACGUGAAAACGAUCGUUAGUGAUUUUCGCUUCAUGUUUUAAUUUAUAACCGGGCUAUAUCUUAAAAACCGACUAUACGUCGCGUGUAGUUUGGACUUCCAUUAAUGCACUAUACCCAUUCGAUAUAUCACAAAAUUAUUGAUACCAAUUUGAUACUUUUUUCUCCAAAUUAUUUUUAUUUAUAUUUAUAAUUGUUGCAAUCACUAACGAUUGUUUCUCAAAGGAAAAAAAGAAAAGCUCAGCAAAAACUGCGUCUGAUUGUAAUAUAUAUUAAUUCUAUGUACGUAUUCUUUUUUUUUAUUGUGUUCGUUAGAGAAUACACUUAGGAUCGGAAUUAGAUGUAAGCUCUCUCAGAAUCAACGAUCACAAAAUGAGAUAAGAUUUUUUUUUUUUUAAUUUCGCUUACAACUGAUUCCGUAUAAAGACGGUGGGCUGAUCAUGCGUCGGUGGUGUACACUCUUAAGUGUUGUUUCUUCUAUUGGCAGCUGUCCCAAUUUUUUCGCGUGUUGAAUACUAUUAGUUUAUGAGUCUUUUUUUUUAUUUUCUACAUUAGUAAGAACAGCGUUAAUUUUUCUCAGCGGGUCGAUGACGUCUCGAGAAUUCCACGUUCGAUCAGAAAGGUUGAUGGCUUUCACUACCCAUCGUCUCUUUUUUCCACCCAGUGAAACGAUCGUGCGAUUCUCGAAACGCUGUUUUGUUAAGUUCUCAUCCUCAUCGGUUAUAUUGUUCUUGCGUCGAUUUCGCGGUUACUUAAAUACAAUUAUGUUUAUCGUUUUCGACGAUUAUUAACGCGAGUCGUGGUUAUUAUUCUAUUAGGAGAUAAGGUGUGAAAAUGAAAAUUGAAGUGGAAAAUGAUGGAGCCACGUAGCCGGGUUUUGUGCACAUGUCGCGUAUUCAUUUUUUGCUCUCGAGUCGCAAAGACGAUUUGAGGUCAUUUCGUAUCGAUGAAUUUCUCUUGACCCUUUGAACUCCUGUGUCGAGUCUGCCUCGACGUCAAUUUUCUUCACAGGGUGGUAUUCUACAGGGCGUAUCAAAAGUUUGGACACACCUUAUUUUUUAACGAACUUUUCUUAAAAAGUAGGUUGAACCUGAACUUCUGGAAUGUGCUGUAUGACUGAUGAAUGUUUGUUUAAAAAAUAUUACAAUCCAAGGGAGUUCUUGAAGAGUGCAAAGGGUUAAUGGAGAUUGUUCGACGUAUCGACGUACUGUGAUCGUUAUUUGUUUAUCUCUGCGCAGAAACGAAAAUCAUAUUUGUUCCUCGUUUUUUUUCUUAAACACUCGAGUUUCUUUUCACGGGCAUCUGUUGUUGGUCCAACUCGUGAACCAUUCGUCGGAAGAACCGUACGCGCACACAGGCAUAUACAGACAGAAACACACAGCUACAUGUGUGUACGUGUUCAGUUGCGUGAACGUACGAAAGGAAAAUAUCAGAACCGAGAGAAAUUUAGGUCUUAAUUAUUAUUGUCUUUGCUGUACCUACGUUUUAAAAUGAAUGGAAAGCCGAUGUAUUACUACUCCAGAGUUUCUUCGAUGUAAAUAUUAACACUACGUAACGUUAACGUUGCUCAGUGAACGAGGAGCCGCGGUGAGUCGAUCCAUCGAAACGCGAUUCAAAUCGAUCGAGAAGUAUGUAAUAAUGAUCUGUUGUGUCGUUGUUUGCGAGCCGCGGAUCCUCGUGUGCCGCUGGAUGAUACCUAAUUAAAUGUAAUACUAGAACGAUAAGAGAGCGUAGCUGUCCUUCAAUACCUUUACCUACCCACGUUAAGAAUAAUAAAUAAAAAAAAUAAUAA